AUGUAUCACAGUUGCUUUAUCUGUGGUGUGCUCUUAGCUCAUGAUAAUGACCAUUUUCAUCAAUGGUUCUGUUGGUUUGAGGGUCAACUAGUCCUCAGUGGCCAAGGUCAUAGAGUUCGUAGCAAAACCCCUUCCUCAAUCCCUGUUCUUGGAAUCACUCGACUCUUUACUGGACCAAGGCUGCCAUUAAAAUUUCCAUACUGGUAUCCUAAGCUGGGGGCACAACUAUCCUUUCGAGGAUAUCUUGGAGGCUUUAGACAAACAAGAACGAAGUCUAAUCCAGCACCCAAUAAUCGACUACCCACUUGGAGACUGCAUGCUAUCCCUAUCCCUCAACCAGAUCCAUACCAUGAAAUCGAUAUCGUUGGGCUACACUUCCAUCUGACAUCUCUCAGCUUCGACCAUCUUGAAACCAACCCCUCCGUCUUGAAUAAACGGCCAGAAGAUGAACACCAAUCGCUUUAUCAGUCGAUAGUUCCAAAUCAUACAGACAACUCGACUACCCCAGCAGAAAGUGUACCUCUUGACUUUCAGAAUGACGUCAUAUUCCCUCCUGAUUCUAGACUGUCAUCGUUACCGAAUGAAAUAAUCCAUUAUAUUAUGUACAAACUCUCAUUUAGCGAUACCUUAAAUUUGCUACAAGCUUAUAAACGAGAUGUUCAUUCUUUACCAUCAACAUUUUGGGAGUCUAGAUUUCGAGUCCAGUGCAAAUUCGGCUUCGCACGAGUGCCGUGUUUGCCUAAUUAUACCUGGAAAGUAUGGGUUCUCGGGGUUAAAUCUGAAAUGAGCUCUGAUCAUGGGAUGGGGCUCAUAAACCGCAAGCGAAUUUGGAAACUAGGUAUUGAGAUGGUCAGCUUGAUGCAAGCCAUUCAGGAGCCUAGAAGAUUUUUGCACGGUGACAUUGUCACAGAUGUCCCAAAUCAACGGCACCGCUCUACCGUGAGUUGCCUGGCCUUGAAGAAGGAUAUGAAGGGAUGUAAACAAUUCACACAGAGGUCUAUAUAUUGGGGAGAAACGCAUGUUAUAUCACAACUUUAUACUGUGACACCGUUAUAUGUGGAUAUUCUGGAGCGGCGACUUGUCUCGGGCCGCACAUUUGGAUUUCGUGACAGCCAGUCUGUGAACAUAGGCUACAUUGUAGGGCAACGUAAUUACUUCGUAGCUUCAACUUCACCUAAGAUUCUAUGGGUGGUUGCUAGUUCGCUGGGCUUUGAGAAUAUUGCAAUCAAUACCUAUCCGCAUUCAUUUCUCGAUAGCUUAUAUGAGCUUGCAGUGAGCAAGUGGAGCCUAGAAAAUCUUAUGGGUAUUUCUGUUGGUCUUGGUGCUCUUCGAAUUGUUAAAAUUUGGUCAAACUUUAAAAAACAAGAAACUGGUCUCGAUAGCGUUCUCUGGACACAUCCAUGCCCGUCAAAUAUACCUUCGAUGCUGGACGAUGACAUUGUCGCUCUGCACGAUUUACAAAACAAUUCGUUUGCCCCAGCAUCAGCCCUGUAUAUCAAACCAGAGAAUGGCAAUCUUGCCGCAAUUAAAGUAUAUUCGCCGCUAGGGUUCUGUGCUGGUAUCAGGGGUAUACGAAGUACGUGGUGCUCUGAUUAUGAUACUGCUUCAUUGUCGGUUUUCCUUCGUGACUCUGAACAUCUUGUCAUAGUUAAGUUCUAUAAGGUCAUCUCUGUAGUCUACCAUUUACAAUUCAUCACCGAUCUGAAUCAGAUAAGCGAAUUCAUGCCCCUAGCACCAAUGAGUCAGGAGUUUCUUUCGAUUGUGUUGAAUAGAGUGCUUUGGACAACAGAUAUAUUUGGUCUUUGUGCGGAUCAAGAUAGCUUUGGAUACUUAUCUCGAGAAGAGACUCUCGGAGAUGGCGAAAAUUAUGGCGAGUUUGGACGUCGAUUGCUGCUAGACAAGAGGCUUCAAUCGAUUCAACUUUCCAAGACCACAGUUUCGACAAGAUACUGUCACCCCAACCAAGUCACCGAUCUUCUUUUUCUUUCAGUAGAUAGCAGCUGUUCUGAGCUACUCGGAAAAUUGACUGAGAUGGGCGAAAGUGGAUGA